CCUCGCCCCCUCUUUUGACCGUUCAUAUAAAAGCCACUGAAAGGGUUUGUGAUUUUAUUCACUUCCUGACAGACCAAAGAUGGAACUGAAAAUCUUCAUUGUUCUCCUCUGCACUCUUUUCACUGGAGGACAUUCCCUCCAAUGUUAUAAGUGUUCAGGUAUAAUGGGUUGUGGUCAAAGCAACGUGACGAUGUGUCCGGGCACUGCCACAUGUGCAGCAACUGUACAAUCCACUGAUGGCACUGGACUUAAAAUGCAGUCUAGGGGUUGUGCAGUGACGGAGAAUUGUAUAAGUGGAUCUGUUAACCUCGGAGUUACAAGGACAGUUACAUCUACACAAUGCUGUAACACCGACCUUUGUAAUAACAAAGACCCCCCAGUUUACGGCUCUAACAGCCCCAAUGGAAAACAAUGUUACUACUGUGAUGAUCCUACGAGUUGCUUAAACAAAUUAAACUGCUUAGGAGAUGAAGACCGCUGCCUUACAGAAACAGGAUGCCCACCCACAUUUGUUUCAAGGUGCAUUUCCUCAUCACAGCCUCACCCUCAUCUCAUCAGCCAUAUAAAGGCCACUGACAAGGGUCUGUCAUUUUAUUCACCUACUGACAGACCAAAGAUGGAUCUGAACAUCGUCAUUGUUCUCCUUGUUACUUUUAUUGCUGGAGGACACUCACUCAGAUGUUAUGAGUGUACAGGUGCGACAGGUUCUUGUGAAGGUGUAAAGACAACGUGUCCUAAUACAGCUAAUACAUGUUCUGCAAGUAGAUUGGUAUCCAUUUUGAAUAUUCACCCCUCGGAUGGGCAGUCACGAGCCACCACUGGUGACAAUAAAGCCAACGAGCUGACUAAGAAAUGUGAUGUGAAACAGAAUUGUGUAAGUGGAUCCAUGAACUUCGGAGUUGUAAGGACAAUGUUAUCUACACAAUGCUGUAACACAUACCUCUGUAAUAACAGAGACGUCCCAGAUUCCAGCUCUAACAGACCCAAUGGGAAACAAUGUUACUACUGUGAUGGGAAGAGUUGCUCAAACAGAUUAAACUGUUUAGGAGAUGAAGACUACUGUGUUACAGCAACAUUAAAGUCUGAAUCGACGACUCUUAAAGGAUGUUCCUCUAAAACUUUCUGUGAUGCUGUCAAAUCACAAGGUAUACAAGGUUUUACGGACUUCUCAUGCUGUUACGGUAAUCUGUGUAACAGUAUCACUCGGAACAAGGCUAAGAUCUUCGUUUGGAACAAUGCUAAGAUCCUCACUCAGAAUGUCCUCCUUGUCUUGUGCUCGUUCUUCCUCUACAUCCUGAUUCACUGAAUUAAGCAAAACUUUGCACUUUACUCUACUGCAUGCAGCAAGUGAAUGUAACAUACAUUUAAAAGAACAUAUAGCAGCUUAACAUAGCAACAAAGUUGACAUAUUUUGGAAUAAAAGUCAAUGCUUUAUUCGCUAAUAAAUUCAUUGUAUUUUCCUUGAUGUAAUGAUUUUAAGAAACAUAUAUACUGUAAACAAAACAACAUGAAAUAAAAUACAACCACAAUACUUCUA